CGUCCUCCGUGCUCCUGAGCGUCUCUGUGGCCACAUGAGCGGAGUGUGGGAGCAGCAGCGGCUCUGGGAUUUACUGAGGGAGCAUCUGGAUUAACACCACACACCAGAUUUUUUUAUUUCUCUUUUUGUUUUGUUUUUUAUUAUUCUUUUUUGAAUUGUUGAAGCUUUUUUUUAUUAUUUCUGGGCUGAAGAAACAACCUGCAGUCAUGUCUCGGGGUCCGGAUGGUGUGAGCAAGCUGACAGAAAGUACCUACAAGAAUGUGAUGGAGCAGUUCAACCCAGGCCUGAGGAACCUGGUCAACCUGGGGAAGAGCUAUGAGAAAUCCGUCACAGCCAUGGCUCUCGCUGGAAAAGCCUAUUUUGAUGCUGUAGCAAAGGUGGGAGAGAAUGCUAUCGUGUCUCCAGUCUCCAGAGAGCUCGGUGUGGUUCUGAUGGAGAUUGCAGAAACCAACAGGAAGGUCCAAAUUGAACUGGAAGAGAACUUCAAGAGAUUCCACCGAGAGAUUAUUGUGGAGCUGGAGAAGAAGACAGAGAUGGAUGUUAAAUACAUGAAUGCCACUUUCAAGCGCUACCAGUCAGAGCACAAGCUGAAGCAGGACUCCCUGGAGCGCUCUCAGACAGACCUGAAGAAGCUCAGAAGGAAAAGCCAAGGAAAGCAUUCAUCGAAGUAUGAGAUCAAAGAGAACGAGUACAUGGAGACCAUCUCGUCGCGUCAGAUGGACAUGCAGAAGUUCAUUGCCGACGGCUGCAAAGAGGCCUUACUGGAAGAAAAGAGGCGCUUCUGUUUCUUGGCGGACAAACACUGCAUGUUCUCCUAUCAGAUGAGCAACUUCCAUGAGAAAGCCAAAGAGAUGCUGGCUGUGAAGAUCCCCAGCUGGCAGGAAAAGUGCAGCGACAUCACCAAGGUGCCGGACACGGUGGUGAGCAUGAUAGAAGGGUUGUCCUCCACCCCAGAACAGUCACCGCAGGUGGAGCACUACAGCAGGAAUAAUGGAGCGCCUAUGGUGCCUCCUCCAGCACCGCCACAAAAGGCUCACAUCAGUCCACUCGCCAAUAUGUUCAACCCAGAGCCCAGAUCUCCACUAACCUCCUCUUCAGACCACAACUCAGACCAGGGCAGUCUCGGUGAAGGCAGUCUGUCCCGGUCCACAUCCCAGUCGUCUGGUCUCAACAUAGCCAGGAAGUCCAGGGUCAGGACCAUUUUUCCUCACACAGCGGGCAACAACGACACACUGCUCAGCUUCGAUGACGGCGACAUCAUCGCGCUGCUCAUCCAGGAGGAGAAGGACGGCUGGCUGUAUGGAGAGCUGGAGAAGACACGGCAGCGGGGCUGGUUUCCCUCUUCCUACUGCAGACCUUAUACUGAGCCAGUGAUAUCAAAUAGCAAUCUGGGCACGCCGGUGCGCAGUCUGAGUGUGGUCAGUCUGCCUGAGCAGGAGGAGGAGGAGCCGGUGCUGCUGCCUCCACCAGACUACAGCGACGACAUCGACUCCAGGCCCAUGAUUCUCUCAACGCCUUCACCACAAAACACGGUUUCUUUAGUCAAUGGGACUGCAAAGGCUCCUUUUCUAGGAGGAGGGAAUCCAUUUGCGACGGUGAAGCUGAGGCCAACUGUCACGAAUGACAGAUCAGCUCCAAUCAUCUAACACGAAACACGACAAAUUUCUCACCGCUGUUAUGCCUUCAGGGGAAUCAUACAACAAUGGGACCCCUGCGACACUCAACAUCACCCCAACCCGACAUCUCACCAGCCUGCAUGCUAGUCUGUCUGAGUCUGCUCUAUUAAACAGAUCCAUCGUUUCAUGGCACAAGUGUGUGUUACUGCCAGUGUGUGUUUGACAUCAGCCAAAAAAGGGAGAAAAGAUUCGUGCACAAAGAGGAUGUUUGCAUCUGGUUUGAGUUUGUUAAUAAGUCACUCCAAAAUGAAACUUAAGGCUUUGUCUAACCUCCAACAUGUUACUGGAAGUAGUUUGGUGCAUUUGCAGUUGCUGCUUCUCAAGUUUAGCUGCCAUGUGGUUUGCAAAUUGCUUUUGUUGUGAAGCAGUGGCAUGCGGAAGUAUUUAGCUUACCUGGAAAAUAACACGGCAGAGUAAUGACGGAAAGCUGUAACCAGUGAGCUGUCAUAAAGAUAAAAUCUCCUCUGAAUAUCACAGUGUCACGACCAGUAAAAACUACUAUGCAAGCGUAUAAACAUACUAAAUGUAGAUGUGUUUCAUGACCGAAGCAUCAAAGAUGGGGUUUGAUUUCAUAAAAUCGUAAGAAUUAUGACUUAAAACUGUACUGAGAUAUAUAAAACCUGAAAGAGCUGAGCUAUUUUAAAAAGCAACCAAAAGUUACAGGGCUGUUUUGCAUGCAAACUGAAAAUGAAAGCACAAGAAAAAAAGCAGUUUGGAUUCUCCAGUUUCACUUUUCCACCAUACUCAAGCAUUUUCCAUGCUAGCAAUUGCAAAACAGUUGCAACAAAAAGACAACAAUGCCGCUACAAAUCACAUGCAUGAUAUUGUUUGAUGUUUUGGGAUAAAUUUGAGUCACUUGUAUGUUUGCAUCGACUAUAUUUGAAGAGCUAAGUUCCCUUCAGUGGUCUAAUCAGGCAUAAACGACUCCACUGAUGUAAUGAUGAGGAGAUAAAGCCUGCACCUUCAUUUUGGGUGGACUGUCCCUUGAAGAGAUGCUCACACAGUGUCAUGAGGUCUGGUUUGUAUUUUGAUAGAAAGAGCUGCAGAUGUAAACGAUCGUGACCUGCUAGCGGUGAAGCAGACCGGCACCCAGGUUGUCUUCCUGACUUGCCAAAAAAAAAAAAUUAGUUCUAUUUUUAUUAUUCUAAUUAUUUUUGUCUUUUGAAGAGGUUUUGUGACAUACAGAGAAUUGUGAGAAUGAAGGGAGAGUGAUGAGCUGGGAGAAGGGUUUGUCUUUAGAGUGAAGGCAGAGCAGCAUGUCCCCGUUUUUAAUGAGGAGGCUAUUUAUAUGCAGUAAGUUUGUAUGAGAUGUAUUUAAAUAAAUAUGUAUGCCGAAGUCUAUGCUAUGUAGGUUCCCCUUUGAACACGACAGCCGCUGUGCUCGAUCUGAGCCACGGAUCCCACUGUGGUUCAGAUUUUCCUGCUGGUAUGUAUUUUAAAUGGGUAAAAAUGACCUUUUGAUGAAGGGACUUUUUUUUCACUCCUAAUGGUUUCACUGUUGUUUCAUGUAGAUUCUGUGCCCAAUACACAGUUUAUGCAAAAUGAAAACGUGCUCACUAGUGGACAUUUGAAUUGUAUGCGAAUAAAGUGACUCAUUGUAAAAAGUAUUAACUAUUUUGUGAGGAAAAGGACUUUUUUGACAUGUUGUUUUUUGUUUUUUUUUUGCUUUACCAAAUGCACCUGUAUGAUGAGACUAAUGACACGGUGUAUUGAUCCGCAUAGACCCACUGAUGUAAGUGAAGCCGUCACACUGACAUAGUUAUUACAUGCUUUCUUCAGAGUACCUUGCCACUGUGUUGAACCAUGUAGUCUUUUUUUCUCAAUAAAACAUGAUAAAGUCUGAAAAGAUAACUCA